UUUGUUUACUGAAGUGUGUGUGUGUGUGUGUGUGUGUGUGUGUGCAGCUGAGCGCCGUUAGGAGGAGUCAGUGUCGGUGGGAGGCGGUGUGAUGAGGCGCUCUGUGCGCUCACUGGCUGCUCAGCAUUUAACGUGUGGGAGCCCGUUCAGAGGUCCGACUGCCGAGGACCGAUCACCGGUCAGUGGGCGACUGAGGCUCUCAGCGCGCGGAGGUUAACGGCUCCGGGUCAGAGGAGGAGACACUUUACGCACGGAUCCGUGUCAGGUGAAGACAUGGAAUGCAUUGAAAGGACUCAGGCGUUGUGAGAAGUUGCGUUUGGUUCCCCCCCCUGAUCCCAGACAUGGAGACGCAAAUGAAAAGACAGUUAACCACAGUAAAGUCACUCAUCGCUCGCGCCCGGGUCUGAGGUGCAGCGAAGGAGGAUGACACCUGCACCGCGCCUGGCGAGGACCGACGCGCUGUUCCAGACUCGGCGUUUCUGAAGAGUGGGUCAGAGCCUCUGCAAGAGUCACUUUCUGUCUCUGAAAUCUGCAGACAGAUCCCCGCACCGCUCGCUGUCGGCUGUGGCUGCAGGAACCGGUGCAUUUGUUGCGCUCCUGUGUUGUCUUUGCACCAGCGAGGACUGCGGCAAAAGAAUAGCACAAUAGUCGCCUCGUACCUGCGGACAUCUCGUGCACACAGGAAAUGUCUCUGCCAUUAAACCCACUCAGUUCACCUUGACAUGUCUGCACCGCUCCCUUCUUCAUGCUGAGAGUUCACAUCCUCUGGAUAUCAAGAAAUAAAAGAGAAAAAUAAACACCACCCUGUCCUCCCCUCCCCUCCCCUCCUCUUCACAACAUCAGUCGAGGCAGUCUAGUCUCCAGAGCUCUGACUCACCAUGGGCACUGUACUAUCGCUGUCGCCCGGCUCGCGCAAAUCAAGCUACUAUGACAACCGGCCGGGCUCGCUCAGCCACUACCCGAGCCUGAGCAGCCGCUCUCUCAACAGCCAGAAAGACCGCGGGCUGAAGAGGGGCCAGUCCAUCUUCCUCCCUGCGCUCACGUGGAAGCGACUGGUGGCAUCCACGAAGAAGAAGGGCAACUCUAAGAAAGGCUCUGGUGGUGGUGGCGGAGGCGGUGGCCCGGUGGCCCUCGGGGACCCGCUCAACAACAACAACAACAUCAACAUCUACCAAAAGGACCCUCUGCUGCACCUCAACCGCGAGAAUGUGAAGAAGUCGCUGUCGUGCGCCAACCUGUCCAGCUACGAGGGCCCGGCGGGACUGGGUCUGGGGCUCGGCUACGGGCUGGGGAUGGGACAGGGGCACGGAUACGGCUACAGCAAAUCCCAGCAGCUCUCCUCCGUCAAGAAAGUCCCCCAGGGCACGGUGACCUCGUCCCCAAAGAGGGUCAUCGUCCAGGCCUCCACCAGCGAGCUCCUGCGCUGCCUGGGGGAGUUCCUGUGCUGUCGCUGCUACCGCCUGAAGCACCUGUCCCCGGCUGACCCAGUCCUCUGGCUGCGGGCCGUGGACCGCUCGCUGCUGCUGCAGGGUUGGCAGGACCAGGCCUUCGUCACGCCGGCCAACGUGGUCUUCGUCUACAUGCUGUGCCGGGACGUGGUGGACGGCGACCUGGUGGCGUCAGAGCACGAGCUGCAGGCCAUCCUGCUCACCUGCCUCUACCUGUCCUACUCCUACAUGGGCAACGAGAUCUCGUACCCGCUCAAGCCCUUCCUGGUGGAGGCGGGUAAGGAGGCCUUCUGGGACCGCUGCCUCGCCAUCAUCGACGCCACCAGCUCCAAGAUGCUGCGCAUUAACGCAGACCCGCACUUUUUCACACAAGUAUUCGCCGAACUGAAGAGCGAAGGCGGCUGUGGCCCUCAGGACUACAGUCGGGUGCUGGAUCGGUGAGAUGACCUCCGAGCACCCGUCCUUGCUGACCGCAUGCCUUUCUGUACGCUCACACACACAUCUACUUGCACACAGACACACAAACUUGUCUCAAACAAAUCCCCCCUCCUCUUUGUUCUGCUUCUGCUGCUCUGCAGAAGCAAUGAAGGCCUAUGUUAGACUCAUGUAUCCACACCAUCUCUCUUCCGUCCACAGAAGUAAAACCUUCCCCCCUCGAAGACUAUCUCUGAUAAUUGGCACAUAAACAUUUGCUUUUUCCUCCCUGCUGGAAUAUACACCUGAGUUUACAUGACUUGAGGAACCAUUUGGUCCACCUGUCCCAGCUGCUCUGGAUCUGCACAGCCAGGCGUCCUCGCUUACCCUGUACGAACCGGACAGGACAGGAAGACGUCACCAAAACCCCCCAUCAGUCAAGGAUUUUUCUCUGGUUGUAUUCAAAACAUCUAAAUGGAUUCAAGCAACAUUUUCAUUAGUGAACAAAAUAAUCCAACUAGGCCAAGUUAUUUUCCAGGACAAUACAAGGAGACAUCUUGUCAUCCACCGCUGGUUAAGCCCCGAGUGCCAGCAGUGAAAAGUGACUCAGACUGAUGGGAACAGCUGAGAGGUCCAUGUAAGGUCCCGCUGGUCCUGCUGUGCGCUGUGUAAUCAGUAAAGCAAAAGGAACAGGCGGUGUUGUGUGGAGCCUUUUGAGGGUUGUCUGGCCUGAGGUGACGGUCGGCUGUUUUUUUAUCUUUACUCGCUCAAAACCUGCCACUGGACUGGACUUCCUCUGUGUUUAUGUCUGAUCUAAUCUGAGGAGAGUUUCCUGGUGGAACCAGAAUAUGGAUUUAACUGUGUGCAGCCUCGUGUGUGUGUGUGUGUGUGUGUGUGUGUGUGUGUGUUUAUGUGUGCGUAGGCAAUGUGCAGUGGACGGCAGCCAGGGUCAUCAGCUGUUUACCCCAUCCUUUGUUCCCUGCGUCUUGUUGACAGGGCACCCACAGCCGUGGUAUUAAUGAGAUUAGCAGAUUACUGCGGCCCCUCCCCCCUCCACCACAACCACCACCCUCUUGUCCACUCGGCAGCCCUGCAGAGCCUCAGUGGCUAAUCCAGGUCAGGCUGGACCGGGCUGGACUGUAAACACACACAUGUGCACACACACACACAUUUAAAUACCCCUGUGGUGCCGCUUGUGUGCAGUUCAGGGUCUGAGGGUCCGAGGUGGAGGCGAGUAAAGCUCUCCGAGAGCGAUCCAGGCAGGAAUGACAGAUGAGCUGCGUUGUGGUUGAAGGGGUUUGUUAUCGUUGUUGCUUCUGAGUUUGUCCCACUUUCUCAUCAGUCACCUGCGCAUCCUCAUCUGCCAUCAAGAAGCUUUUCGGGGACAGGGAGUUGUGUUCACUCUCUCUCUCUCCAUCGUCUCUCGCUUGGCUCUUGUCUCUUGUUAAAUUAGUCCCUUGAAUGAACCAUUGGCAUUUGUGCUUCAGUGGCUUUAAGUCUCUAUUCCCCAUGUGUCUUUAUACGUGUUUGUGCAUAUCAGAGGUGGGUCACAGAUGAGCCUGAGGUUCAUCGUUCUCUGGAAAAUAAAUGGAUUCCUUUUAAAUGCAGAUUAUAUUAAACAUAUUUCCAGCUUACGUCCUUAGCCAUCUAAAAAGUUUUCCUGCUGCAAGAGGUCACUGAUCACUGAAGUUUACAGUUCACAUUUCAGUGCUGACUGCUCAGCAAACACUUCCAGUUGCAGAAAGUGGAUAUAAAAAUAGCAGAAAAGCACAAAUUAGCUGCUCAUUAUGCAUCAGAAUAGCUUUCAGUACAUAAAAGGGAAAUAAACAGUUAAACUACAGAGGGUAUCUGCUGCAAAUUAUAUGUUUGGAUUUAGAUUUUCAUCUGGAUUUUUGCAUUUUCUAUCAUUUUAUUUCAGUUUUUAAACCAAACAUUCGUUCACAGACUUUUUUUGGAAGUUCGAUAUAAAUGCAGGGAAGGACAACAGCCCUCAAUCUUUUGUUCUUGUAAAAACCCUUAAAAUGAGCGACAAGUUGCAAAAAUUAGACAAUUUCCCUCCCGAAUUUAUCUCCACCCUUUUUAAGGUCACAACCCCUAGUUUGGAAACCAGAGGCUCAGGCUCUGUUGGUUCAGGAAUCUGUUUCAUGCUCGUAAAUGUGGAUGCUUAACACCCACAUCCACACACUGCCCACAAUAGCAUGUGGCAAAGCUUUAAUCUCAUUGUGUCCGGGCGUCCGACUCCUCCAUGUGGCAGCUGCUCUUGUACACUUUGCUGUGACGCUGCAGUGUAUAGUCAUCCAGCAAGGUCACAUGAUAAACAAGCAUCCCCUAAGAUCUGACCUUCACACACAUGUGCAUACAAACACACACUGGUGCACAUACUCUCCUUGGGUAAUCCAGUCCUAAUCCUCCCACCCAAUCAAAUAGAGAGAGAGGGAUGAAAACAUGAGGAAAUAAGUAAACGGUUCAGAAUCCGAUGAGAUUUGGUGUCACACUUCCCCGUACAGUUUUUUUUUUUUUUUUUGCCUCCGGCUCAGCCUUCAAAUCCUGCUCUGACAAACCCGAGGCCUCAGAGAACCAGAGAGCUCAGAUCUCUGCUGCCCUGUUCCAGCUCACCCGGGCCUACUGGCGUCAAGCCUGCCUCCGUUGCCCACCUGAGGGAUCUCGGCACCAGUGAACCAGAGAGGAGCGACGGGGCAGUGAUUCACGCUCGGAGAAGUCGAGACGCGAAACACUGCUGCCGUCUCUCUUGUCUGGAGCUGUGACUGGCAGCCAUUUUGGGCUUGUUGUUGCGGUCACUGCAGCUCUGUCUCUCUCUGUCCUGGCCCUGGAUUUAACAACGACACUUGUGUCUUGACUCAACCCCCUCCUCACCCCACCCCAACUCCACUUCCACACACACUCAGCUGUUGUUCCCUGCCUGUUUCAUUAGAUUUGACACCCCACACCCGCCAGCCAUUGUCAGGACGAGGAAGGGCAGAAUGGGGCUGUUUGUUGGCAUCGGGUCAGUUGUGUUUGUGUGUGAAUGUGGGUCAAAGUUAAGGGCAACAUCUGCUUCCACCAUCCGUCUCCUGUAGACCUGUACUGUUAAUUAAAUCAGAAGACACACUACAGAGCGUUGAAGUGAUGCUAAUAGUAACUCGUGUCCUGACAUCAGUGACAAAUGAGGAAAAAUGUUCCUCUCCUUUAAUGAAAAACGACUCUUGCUCACAUUCUUCACGCUCAUCAGCGGCACAGACACAGAGGAACCACGUUUAUUUGAGCCCAAAUGAGCUUUAACGCAAUUUGCCUAACGUGACGUCAUUUGGUUUUGACGAAAAACUGUCCCCUCUUGCAUUAAACGCAGCUGUUCCUCCCGUCGUUUCGUGGAGCGGCUUCAAAGCCAAUUAACUCGCAUCUCGGCUGGAGCUCUAAUUCUCUUCAUCCAAUCAAACGUCUCGGCACGAUGAUUGCCCCGAGCUCUUACACACCACUGACGGCGACACAUGACACGCGACGCCUGUGAUAUCACCUGUGUGGAUAAUUUAUGGGUCUUGUAAACGUAGGAAAAACAGAAGCCAGAUAUUUAACGUGGACCUUACUCUGUGGAUGGGACCUUCAUCUGGGACUUUGGCAACUCUGCUUUACAGAAUCUUUCAGAUCGGGCCUUAGACUCUGUUUCUGGCUCUGUUUUGGAGACAUUUGUGUGAACAAUGUGAUAAAGAUUUCAAGGAUAAGCUUGGUGCUAUUCUACACUUCUCCUACUGUCAACAAGUCUCAUGCAUUAGACUGUAUUUUAGUGCUUUCAGAUUUGUUCCCAAAGUACUUUCCUAAAAAAAGCUGGGCACUAUACUUUUUCAGCAGACGUUACUAAAAUAGCAGUAAAUGCUGCAUCUGUUGGGGACUACUUUCAGCUGCGGAUGGAUACACAUUCUGUGCACCGGGACAAAAAUUUAGCUCUAAGACACAAACAAAUAAGAUACGUCAGGCUUUUGCUGCUCAGACACUACUUGUUAGUAGAUAAAUUUAUUGUUUUGUUAGUUGUUUUCAUAUUUUCAUGGGCUCUGUUGACAGUAAAGGAAAAUAUAUCACUAAACUUAUCCUUUAAGUCGCCACAGCUCUAUGAGUUGUGUUAAGUUAUUUCAGUAUGCUGCUGUAGGUCGGUGUGAAACUUCAAUUGCACACCUCUUAGAUUGAUGAUGUAAAUAUGUGGGUGUGUAACAAAGAGCUGUUAAGAAUGAAAAAAAUGAACAUAAAGAAAUUGUCUUGCUGUGUAGUAGCAUGCAUGCCAGCCAGGUAGUUUAGAAAUGUUUCUCUUUGUUUGUUUUUUGUUUUUGUUUUUGUUUUUUACCUCUGCUUAUGUUUGAUUUUUAUAUGUGAUGUUUUAAAUGAAAGAUUAUUUCUUUGGUAACUUAAAACUGGAUCUCAUUGGAGUGUUUCUUCGUAGGAAACAUGAUGUCAACAGUAUUAAAGUCUCUUAUGACUGCAGGUGUAACUAUCAUCAUUAUGGUCUGUUCAUGUUUAGAAACAAUAGACAAGAGAAAAAAAAAUCGACUCAUUUUCUCAAGCUUGGUCCUGAAAUAGCAAAGCAUGUGAAUUCAUAUGAGUUAUUACAGAAUAAUAACGUAACAUCGUUUAUUUUUAACUCAGCUGUUUCGUGCCUGACUUUAUUUGUCACUUCGCUAAGUUACAUGUGGUCAGUUGGAUGUUUUUGAACCCGGGGCUCGGCCUGUUUUUUGUCGCUAAAGUCGAAACAGAAAGUGUCAUUGACUGCGACAAGAAUCUCACUGCCCCCUCAGAUUCACACAGAGUUACAGUACACGUAUAGAAAUGAUCAAGUUAGAGGCUAUCAAUAGCUUUUUUCUUCAAUGCACCAGCUGGCGACACAAAGGCGGCCAUUGUACAUGUAGCGUUUGUCGCAGGCAGCUCCAGCUCAGCCUGCGUCCUCACCGACUACAGCUUCGCCUCUGGUGCUUCUUUCCCAAAGCUUUUUCACAUUUCACGACUUCACAUCCAUCACAACACCUCGCCUGUGUUGUGUCAACACCAGACAGAUGUUAAUACACAGAUAAAUAUAUAACUGUCUAGUGUCCAUCCCCCGAGUUUCCAUGGUUACCUUCCUCAGCCAAGUGUCACACCAAAAUGAAGCAGCACAUCACCCUGAGUGACUUUUGUAAAGCCGCUAAAAUGAGUGUGUAGCUCUAAAAGUAAAAUACUGUUGAUGGGGAAAACUUGAAGAAAAAUAAAUGUGACUGUUUCAUUUAUUCAUGUUUGUUUUGUUUGUUUCCUUUUUCAUGAUGAUGAUGUUUACUACGUUGAUUAUUUAAUAAAGUAUUGAGCUGAAAUCCAAA